AUGCCGAAAUCGUUCUUGAUUAAGAAGGGAAAAGAAUAUGGAAGUCUGCCAUCAAACUCCUGCCUUCAAAAAAACUCGACUGUUACCGAAGGUGAGUUCUGUUUCCUUUUUUUUCAAAAUAUUUAUUAUCAUGUUAAAUUUAUUUUGAGGGUCUCGAAGCUGUCGAUCUUUUUUUUUUUCAAUUUCUGACUGCUUCGUUUUUGCGCCCUGGCCUGGCUGACAGAGAAAUUUGUUGAUUGUAUUCUUGUUUUAGUAACACCUGUUGGUUUUUUGCACUCGCUUACCUUUUCAGGGACCGCGAGUGAGUCGGGAAAAUCAUCAGCUUCGCAAAACCUGCCACAAAGCAAGCAGAAACGCCGUGAAAUUUCUAAAACAGUGAGAGGAAAAGCGGAAGAAGCAACUUUGGACGAAAACGGCAAUUACGUGGAGGACAUAAACGAGAGUCGUUCUGAUGGACGCCACAGAGGCGCUGAGAACGCCAUUGGCGGUCGAAGCCGGUAUGUUUGUGCUGAAUGUGGUAAGUCGUAUGCCACAUCUUCGAAUCUUUCUCGACAUAAACAGACUCACAGAAGCUUGGACAGCAAGCUCGCUAAACGCUGCGAGCACUGUGGCAAGGCGUAUGUCUCAAUGCCGGCGUUGGCGAUGCAUGUUUUAACUCACAAGCUUCUUCAUAAGUGCGACGUGUGUGGAAAAGCCUUUAGUCGACCCUGGCUUCUGCAGGGACAUAUGAGAUCUCAUACGGGAGAACGGCCGUUCUUGUGCCCUGAAUGCAAUAAAGCGUUCGCGGAUCGUUCGAAUCUACGGGCCCACAUGCAAACGCACUCGCCGCUGAAACAGUUCAAGUGCGACCGCUGUGAUCGAACGUUCGCUUUAAAAUCAUACCUCAAUAAGCACGCAGAAUCUGCUUGUGCUCGAGAGGUGGCUACAAGCAAGUAG